AUGCCAUGGGAAAAGUAUUUAGUGGUAGCAGUGGCAUUUCUGCAUUUGCUUGUAUGUCCAUAUACCAAAGUCGAAGAAAGCUUCAAUUUACAAGCCAUUCAUGAUAUCAUUUAUCAUAAGGGCAAUAUACAAAAGUAUGAUCACCAUGAAUUUCCAGGAGUCGUACCUCGAACAUUUACUGGUCCUUUAGUAAUCUCGUUAACUGCAUGGCCUACUGCAUGCUUGUGUUACAUCUAUCAAGCUGUACAAGUAAUGUUGGUGAUGAUUGGAUAUUUGCUAGUUAGGUGCUGCCUUAUGGCAUGGGGAUUAAAAGGGUUGUUAACGCUAUCUGAUGCUGUUCGAGACACUUUUGGUACAACCAUUGCUCGAUAUAUGCUAUUGUUAACAGCUUCCCAAUUUCAUUUUUUAUUCUACAUCUCGAGGACGUUGCCAAAUACUUUUGCCUUAGUUGUUGUGAUGUUUGCAGUUACAAGUUGGAUGAGAGGACACCAUAGCAAAUUUAUAUGGUUAUCGGCGUUUGCGAUACUGGUGUUCCGAUUCGAGCUAUGUCUCCUAUUGGGAAUAUUAUUACUCUUAGAGUUGAUGAGCUUUAGAUUAUCUAUACUGAAAUUGCUUUACCAUGGUACUCUUGCCACCAUCUUUUGUUUAGCAAUUACAAUUGCCAUAGACUCGUACUGCUGGGGAAGAUAUUUAUGGCCAGAAGGUGAAGUGCUUUGGUACAAUACCAUCAUGAAUAAGAGCUCAAACUGGGGCACCUCACCGUUUCUAUGGUAUUUUUAUUCAGCUCUACCAAGAGCGCUAUUACUUGCCUAUUUACUUUCUCCUGUAGGUGCUAUUACUGAUAAACAGAUUAGGACCAUCUUCUUUUCUGGUAUUAUUUUCGUUUUAAUAUACUCGAUACUACCCCAUAAAGAAUUGCGAUUUAUUAUAUAUGCUUUUCCACUCCUUAAUAUUUCUGCGGCUAGAGGUCUCAUUUUUAUUCAAAGGAAAUUUAAUAGAAUUUCGCCUAAUUUGGGAGCUAUCAGCAUUGUUGGUGUACUAUUAUUAAAUUCGAUAUUUUCUACGAUAAUGUUAUGCGUUUCAUAUCACAAUUAUUCUGGAGGAAAUGCGCUGCAAGAAUUACAUAGUCUAGUCAAAGAGAGACAAGGAGUUUCAGUGCAUAUCUGUAAUCUCGCUGCACAAACGGGUGUUUCAAGAUUUGGUGAGCUCGAGCCUUCUUGGAACUAUUCUAAAGUUGAAAAUAUGAAGAAAGCCGAUCCGUGGAUUUUAAAGUAUUCCCAUUUAAUAAUUGAAGCUGCUGACUGGGAUAGUUACCAGAUUACUCAUCGUCAACUUUCUGUCGUCAAUGGUUACUCCGGUAUAAGAAUUAAUUGGAAAUUGUUACCAUAUCCUCUAGUUAUUUCAACUGAACCGCAAUUAAUGAUUUUAGAAAAAGUAAAAAUUAGGGAGAGUACGGUGUCUUGA